GGACAACACGCGCCGCAUCGCAUCGUCCAUGGCCGUAUGUGUUUUGUUUUUACGGAUUCGCAUUCGUUUGUUUCCAUCGAUCUAGACGGCGUAAUUCCUUGAUCAUUUGUUUUUUCUCUGGCGAUUCGCUUCUGUUUACGUUUGAGUGAACGCGUGCGCAUUGAUUGGCCGUUUUUGUGCAAAAAAUAGCUUUCAUUUCUAAAGUGCGCGGGUGAUUGCAAUCGAACUGUGUUAUUGUAUGGAUUUGCAUAUUACUUGUGCGAAGAAAAGCGACUCUUCAAAUGGCGGAUACCCGGCGAAGCUGAAAAAGGUGCUGAUCGUAACCGCGCCGCUGUGGUUCAAGGCGCCGUUCAAGAUCCUGCGCCUGUUCGUGCGCGAGAAGCUGCGCGAACGCGUGUACACGGUGAGCGCUGCACAGCUGAGCAGCCACGUGCCCAGGGAGGCGCUGCCCGCGCAGCUUGGCGGCACGCUCGCUCUGGACCAUGACGGAUGGCUGGCGCACUGCCUCCAGGCGAUGACCACCAACAGGACUCCGGACUCUUCACCAAUCUCCAACUACGAUGGCAAAGCCCCAUCUUCGCCAUCAAACGCUACCACUCCCGGUAGCGCUGAUCCCGGCAGCGACUUUGAGGCGGGCCAGCAGAACGGUCAUCCCCACCACCGCAGCAACGGCUGGGCGAUCGAAGACGGCCGACCCGUUGUGGGGGCUGGCCCAGUUGUCGGGGGCGGUGCCGGCAGUAGCUCCGCCUCCAGCGGAUUCUCGGACGACGAUUCGCUGCACGGAGACGGGGCGGCGCUCACUGCCGCGCAGCUGGUCGAUUAUGUUAGGGAUCGGGGAAGGGCGGGAUUGAUCCAGGAGUAUGCUGAGAUUAGGUUAAGGCCUCCCGACGGAACCUUCAACGUAACUAAAUCAAAAAAUAACCUGCCAAAAAAUAGGUAUACGGACGUACUAUGCUACGAUCACAGUAGGGUAAUUUUGUCAGAACUCGACAAUGAUAAAGAUAGUGAUUAUAUACACGCAAACUUCGUAGAUGGAUAUAAACAGAAGAAUGCCUUCAUUAAUACCCAAGGUCCUUUGCCGAAAACGACUCCCGACUUCUGGCGAAUGAUCUGGGAGCAGCAUACUUUGGUGAUAGUGAUGACAACGCGGGCGAUGGAGCGUGGUCGCCCAAAGUGCCAUCAGUACUGGGAACCGGAAGUGGGCGGCGAGGCAACUUACGGACACUUCACCGUCAAGACGGUCGACGUAGAAACAGACACCGAUUAUACGGUUACCACGAUUAACCUUAUCAAUAAUAGGACUGACGAAACUAGGGAAGUAUCACAUUGGCAAUUCACCUCGUGGCCUGACUACGGAGUACCACACUCUGCGAAGGCGAUGAUAGAAUUUCUGGAAAGAGUGAGGAGGAAACAGGCCAGCAUGGUGAACGCCCUUGGUGAUACGUGGGCGGGACAUCCCAGAGGACCGCCCAUCGUUGUACAUUGUAGCGCUGGAGUCGGCAGGACAGGUACAUUCUGCACCCUGGACAUCUGCAUCUCUCGCUUAGAAGAUGUGGGCACUGCUGACAUUAGAGGUACCGUCGAGAGGAUACGAUCGCAACGCGCGUACUCGAUACAAAUGCCCGACCAGUACAUAUUCUGUCAUCUAGCGUUGAUAGAAUACGCGUUGAGCAAAGGGCAUCUGCAGACCGCCGACCUGGCAGGCUUCGAUACUGGAGCGGACGAGGAGUCGGACUAAUACAGGGCUGUUGUCAGGAUUAUUAUGAUGGGACUCCAUAGAGUGCAGCGAGAAGAUUGAGGUGAUGUGUGGAAAGAGGUUCAAAGACGGAAAUACAAGUGAUUCAUUGCGGGUUUUUGGGACAAAUUCUAAGAUUUGACAAUUCACUCAAAACAUGAUAGAAUAGGCCCGUUCGCAAGAAUCUAAUUAGAUUUUUUUGGCAUGACAUUCGACAUUUUUUAAAAUUUACAGCAAACAUACCCCGUUUGUACCCGUUAAAUAAAAAAAUAUCAACUUCAAUUUUAAAAUAUGACAUUUUCCGUCUUCGUAAAGCUGUUAGCGACACGUCCAGCAAGGGCUUAGUUUAUGAUUCAAGUUUCCUGCUUAUUAACCUCUUCUGAAAAUAACGUUCUCUGUCAACGAGACAACAUGAUAAGCGUAUCUGAUAUAAAAACUUAAAUAGGCAAAAUGGAAUACGAGAUCAAGUUGCUCUAGUUACCUUACUGGUUCGCGAUUCCAUUUCGGUCGCAUCAGUUCGGGCGACGCUUAAAUGUCAGAUUGAGAUUUAAAAAAUCAAUGUUAAAAGUCAAAAAGUUACCGUAUGAUGGGAGUUAAGAACAAAGAUCAAUGUAUUAUUUCGCUUUAUAUGCGGAUUUGUCUUCUUUCAUGUCUAGUCCCCUAUCGUGAAUGUUCUGGAAUUUAUCGCCACAUCUCUUUCAGCACGUUUUUACUUGAGUAGCAUAAACAGGUACAUGUACCCAUUGACAUUCAUUUCGAAUUGUUAGUAAAAUUACCCUCAAAAAGUGAAUAUUUUUUUAUCACUACAUCUCAUGUCUAAUGCAAAGUAAUUAUCCGACCUAGAUCCUGGUAGCGCCAUUGGUGAGGUGAUCGAUUUUUGUCUUUGAACCUUUCGAAUUCACAGGUUUCUGGCGGCUGCAUAUUACUACAGAUAGGACUAUUUUACAAUGAAAAUGGCUGUUCGUGUUCUUACUAUAAAUAAGGAAUAAAGGAGAUACAGUUGAAAAUAUGACUUUCUUGACAGAUGCUUUGCACAUUCAACAAAAUUCUAAAGUUGUAUUUUCACUUUUUCAAUCAUGAAUGUAUGGAAGUUCCUGUUUAUUCUUGACAUGAAAUGUUCCAAUAUUCCAGAUAUAGAUAACUCACACACUACAAGCAUGGGACAUAAUAAUCUAAUAAUGUCUAUGUGGAAGUAUAUGGUCUUCUGUAGUUCCUUAAAUAACAGAUAGUUGUCUAUAGACAAAUAAAUGCUUGUAAAACGUGUAUAUGUUUUUAUUUUUAUUUAUUCAAGAAACAUGUAAAAGAAUGCUGAAAAUGUAAAUGUACACAGAUAAAUGUCACAAGGAGAUCAUUAAUUAGAAAAUAAAAAAAAAUGUUACAUACAGUUUUGGUAUUAAUACUGAUGAUUUCUUAUUCCCAGUAGCAGAUUACUAUAAUCUGAUUACUUUUCAAAGAAAAAU